AUGACCCGCGCCCAGCAAACUAUUUCCAUCGGCCUACUCGCCUCGUCGCUAUAUCUAGCAUUGUUCCUAGGCCUCAUUCCCAUGCCCAUAAUAAUUCAAAGAGAUAUCAUUCCCAUUUUGCCACUCUGGGCUACGGUUUCCUUUGGCGCAUAUCUAUUGGGAAAGUUAGGCUAUGGUGUUCUCACAUUCAACGAUGCAACUCACGCUCACAAGGAGCUUAUUGGACAGAUUACACAAGCGCGCAAAGAAUUAAAGAUUUUAGGGGUCGAGGUGGACUAA